GCUGCACAGUUGUGUGGCAGUGGUCGUUUCACAUGAAUUCAUUCUUCUUGGAGUUUAAAUAAGAACAAAUAUUUAAAUUUUUAAAAAAAUGUUCAAAGAAUAAAAAAGCGAAUAAAUUAUAAUUUAUCAAUUUUUUGUGUCCUAAGCAAUUGACAACUUCAAAAUCAUUUCCUACAUUGAAACAUUGAAAUUCGAGUCGAAUUAUCGCAUGAACUUGACAGUCAAAGCAAGUGCGUUGCUUGAGUGAGUGUCAAUGUGUCAAAUUGUAAAUCAAAACAAUGAAAGGGCUCAAUGAAAUUGUAAACGAAACAUUGCACAAUAGUGAAGAUGAUGCGACGCAGAGCAUUGAUCUCAACUUUCACUACAUGUAAACUCAGUGCGGAUUAUUUAUAAUUCUGUGUAGAAUUGUGCAUUGAAUCAACUGUUUUUCUAUUUAAAUAUUAAGAAUUCGAGUUUGAGUAGAAAAACAAAAAUCUGGGUUGCAUAGUGCAUUUAAACUCCGUUAUAUAAUGAAAGUAGUUCGCCAGAACCGUAAUUGUUCUAAUGUUUCCAUGGAUGUGUUUGAGUGUAAUACAUUUCCAUUUUUUUCCGCAACGAGUUCCAUUUGCUGAAUAAUUCAUCAUACGAAUUGGACAAGUGUGUUCUUUUUUUUCUUCUCUAAAUACGGUGUGUAUCGACGAAAAUGGAAACAAGACGCACAGCAGCAUUCCAUCACAUAUUUGACGUGAAUAAGUAGCACCACGGGUUGAGCAUUGACUCAAAGAGACUGCGGAUAGAAAGACAGAAACAAAGUGCAAAUGUAACGGACUGAAAGAAAAUUGCUCAAAUUAUCGCAAUUAUAAGAAACAUCUCUUGUGCAACAGAAGGAAGAAGUCGUCGUCAUCGUCGUGGUUGCCGAGGAAUGAGUCGUUGAGGAAUGAGUCGUUUUCGGGCCGAAUUGAGUGCAGUUGAUGUGCGUUGCUUGCUUCAGGUGAGACACAGGGAGAUUAAGACGGAGACAGAGAUAGCGAGUAUGCAACGAAGAGAUACAAAGCAAAACAAACGUUCUUCGUUAAUCGUUGAGUUCCGGACGGUUUUCUUCGUUUUGACGGAUUGUUGUGGUUUGGACGAAAAGUAAGAAUAUCAAAUGUCAUUGAAGAAAGAAUCACCGCAUGAUAUCCAGUUGCAUCUAGCUGCGAUUCGGGGAGAUGAUGUAACGUUGCGUAAACUUUUGGAUAGUGGUCGUGUGCAUGUCGAUUGCAUCGAUGAGGAUUCAACAACACCAUUAAUUUUAGCUGCUGCUGGUGGCCAUGCGGCAUGUGUUUCUGAGCUGCUGGAUCAAGGCGCUAAUCCAAAUGCACGUCGAAUUACGGGAACAACAGCUCUCUUCUUCGCUGCUCAAGCCGGUUAUAUUGAUGUGGCCAAAAUUCUUAUCCGAUAUGGUGCUCGCAUCGAUGGGGCAUCUCUCGAUGGUGGAACGCCAUUGUUUGUAGCAUGCCAAGGAGGACACAUCGAUAUGGUAAAAGACUUAAUAGCUCUUGGUGCCAAUGUUCAUGUUACUAUGAAGGAUCGAGCCACACCGAUAUUCAUUGCAUCGCAAAAUGGACAUCGUGCUGUGUUGCUAACAUUGCUUGCGGAGGGCGGUGACCCGAAUAUAUGUCGAAUUGACGGCGCCAGUCCUUUGUGGAUUGCCGCUCAAAUGGGUCACGAUCACAUUGUUCGUGUCUUAUUGAAAAAUGGUGCACGUGUUGAUGCCGUUCGUUGUGACGGUGCAACGCCAUUGUUCAAGGCAGCGCAUAAAGGGUUUUCGGCCGUUGUGCACGAGCUGUUGAAAUACAAGCCAAAUUUGUACUUAUUACCGAAUGGAGAAACAGCAUUACACGCUGCAGCGAUGUUCGGUCACCUCGAUGUGGUGAAACAAUUAGUUGCGGCUGGCAGCGAUACUGCAUGGAAAAAUCAAAAUGGAUGCACUGCUUUGCAAGUAGCGCGACAGCAAAAUUUCACUAGUGUUGUUGAAUAUUUGGAAGAACGACGUACUUUGAAUCGGGCACACGUAAAACAACUUAACCGAAUCACUUGCUAAACGGCAAAUUUAGUUUCCCGCUUCGUUUUGCGAUAUAUUAGAACGACUUGAAGAAACUGCAGCAAUAAAAAUGACGAGUUUCAAAAGUUUUUUUUUAUUCCUUGAUUACACAAGGAACCAAUUGUUUAUAUAAUACAUACUGCUUGCACACAAUACCACCUGUUGGUGGUAGAUAUGUACAUAUUUAUAUUCUUUGUUCUUUCACUGUAAUUUAAAUGUCAAUCAUUCUAUUUACAAAUGUUAUAAACGUCGUUCAACAAAUACCUUACUUCGCGCAUGGUGCUAAAUCAAUUUUGCUGCGGAAAACGAUGCCAAAAUAACUUUUUUCAACUAAACACGUACAAGCAUUACUAUUUAUUUUUUUUUAAGCUAUCAUUCAUUUUUUGAACUAGUCGCUGUAUUUAAUAUUUACUAAAGCUUCAUCAAUCUUCAACACAAACAAACCGUUAUGGAGAAAAAAUGUUAUAAAAUAUUCUAUCGACUCACUCCGAAUUUAAAGACUAAUUAAUUUAAUAAAAAAAAAACAAAGCUUUAUGGACAGUAAAAA